AUCAGAUUCCUGCCAGUAACUGAGACCAACAUUUUUGCUUUGAUGGUAUUAUCAACUUCAGUUGACUCGACACAUCCUCAAACUAGAACAAAACAUGCUUCUUCAUUGGAGUGCAAACUGAUGUCAAAAGUAAGCCUCGAUCAGUUUGAAAGAGCUUUCUCGAGUCUGUAAAAUUCUCUUCUGUCAAUGAAAAAUGAUAGCAAGACAGUCGCUAUUCACAGGUAUCAUGGGUGGAUUGACAAGGCUCUCUCACAAAUCUAGCCCCAUACUCUGUAAAGCAUUGGCAUCAACUCAUAUGGAUUCUCUGCCUACUUGGAUGUAUUCAUAUUCCUGCAACUACUCACACUCAAGACAGACUGCCAAAUCAAAUUAUGGGUCAGUUUCAUUACAGACAAGUUUUACAAUGCAGACUGGCUAUAGACAAACAGGUGGGUUACUACAAAAACAGAAUGUGCUGGAUUUAGAUGCUGCCAUGCAUUCAGGUAUUCGCUCUCAUCACACAGUUGGGAAACCCCACGUAGCCAUUUCUGAACAGGCUGCAAAGAGAAUCCGGGAAAUCAAUCUUAACGAUCAAACAGAUAUGGCACUACGAGUACUUGUUGAUUCAGGCGGUUGUCAUGGAUUUCAAUACAAGCUUGAGCUCACCCAAGAAUCACAACCAGACGACAUAUUGUUUGAAAAGGAUGGAGCUAGAGUUCUUGUCGAUGCUAUGAGCUUGGACAUGCUAAACGGAUCUACUGUUGAUUUUGUCGACGAAUUGAUUGGAUCAAGUUUUCAGGUUGUUGGAAAUCCAAAUGCCGAGACUUCGUGUGGGUGUAAAACAUCGUUCAAUUUGAAAUAAGUACUUGAGCUAAAGACAAAAGGAAUGUGAAUGGAGAUAAUAAAAUGAAAGAAUGUCAGUAACUAUCAUGUUUUAGG